GCGGCAGCCCGUGAAGACCAGUGUCAAAUGGCAGAGAGCUUCCCUGUGACGCUAUCCACCGAGGCGGAGGUCCCGCUCUCCAGCUGCCUGCGCCUGCGGCUGGCCGAGCUCCUGCGGGGCAAGGCGGGCGUGCAGGCGGCGCUCGCCCUCGCGGGCCUGCGGCAG